AUGAAUCCAUACUACCCUUCUCCCAAUUCGGCAAAACCACCACAUUACCCAUUCAAAACUAAUGCAAACAAUAAUAACAACAUAAUUGAGAAUUUCCCACCAAUUAUUUCAUAUGACACAUCCUCUAUUUAUAAAAAAAGGGUAAUGAAGCCUCCAAACUUAAAUGUCAUAGGAAAUAUCAAUAGUGGGGGAUUAUAUAAAAAUAAAAGAAAAGUAGAUAUACAUAAUAGUAGUAAUAUAAAUUUAACUAACAAUUUAAUAAAUAAAUAUAACACAACAGGACAAAAUAAUAUGUACAAAUUAAAUUAUAUUAGAUCAUUACCAAGAGAAACAAACAUAUCGAUAAUAAAAAACAAUGGAGAAAGAUAUUACACAUCUAAAGAAAUAAAUUAUCAUAAAUAUGUUCCAAAAAUGGAAAAUCAAAAGGUAACUUAUUCAUUUAAUAAACAUUCAAGUGGUUAUAAAUUAAAUCAUAGAAGAAGUGAAAAUUUUCGUGAAAAUGAAUAUUCCAAAAUAUUAGAGAAUAGUUAUUGGAUUGAUUUAAGAAAUAUAUAUAGACAUGAUAAAAUAGAAAAACGAAUAAUGAAAUUAAAAAGUAUUAAUUGUAAUAUUACAAAUAAAAUGAAAAAUGAAUAUAAAGCUGCAGGAAUAUUUGUUGUUAAAAAAAGUAUAGAAAAUUCACAAAAUAAUGUUAACAAUAAAAUAAAUAAAAAUAAUAUAAAUAUACAAAUAUUACUAGGAUUUGAUCCUUUAAAAAAAAAACAAAUAACUAAAGAAAUCGAAAAUAACCCAUCAAUGAAAAAAGGCCUAUUAAAUAUUUUAGGGGGUAAAAGAGACGGUAACGAACAGGAUCCUUUAUUAACAUCUUUUCGAGAAUUUAGUGAAGAGAAUCUUUAUAUUUAUAAUAUGUUUUUAUCCUAUUUUAGUUAUUAUUAUUAUGUUAUGGCAAAUGUAUCUAGCCAAGAGCAUCCAGAGAAUAAUGGAACGCACGAAAAAGCCAAACAUGGUGAAGUCAAACAUGGCGAAGCAACUAAGAAUGCUCACGAACGUAAUAACUUGUAUUCACAUUUUUUAAAAACCAACCUUUUAAAAGACAUAAAUAAUUUACCUGUUCGAGAAAAAGAAGGUAUUAUUAAUUUGCAUAUAAAUAAUUUUUUAAUAUAUUUCAAAGAACAUUGUUUAAAUAUAAAAGAAAAUCAUAGUUACAUAUAUAACUGUUCUUAUCCACCAAGUUAUAAAAAUUUUGAUGAAAAAAAAGAACCCUCAAAUGUGAAUAAAACAGAACAAGUAGAAGAAAAAAAAAUAGAUAAAAAAUAUAAAAUUUUGGAAAAAAUACAUAAAGAAAUAAAUAUAUUAAAUAAAAUAAAAAUGGAUAAUAAACACAAUUUCAAGUUAUAUUAUGAAAACGGAAAAUAUAAUGUAUUUUUUUAUGAUUGCACAUUUUAUAAAUGUAAAAAUAUUUUACAAUAUAUUAAUAAUUUCUUUUGGGAAAAUUAUGUUUCUUUAUUUAAUAUCACAUUAAAAGAAAAUUUAAAUUUCUUAACUCAAAAAAAAAUCGAGAAUAAUAAAGAACAUGUACCAUAUACUAUGCAUCAAACACAAUUUAGUAAUCAAAUUGAUGGAGAAUUAUAUAAAAAAAUAAUGAAUAUUAUAAAAGAGGAUAAUGAAAAUAUAUCUCUUAAUAAUUCAGAAAAAAAUAAAAAUAUAUUUGAAUAUUUACCAAAUAAUAAAAAUGAAAAAAUUAAUACUGAUUUUAUGAAUGAUGUUACAUGGGUUAAUCUUUCAUCUUUAUUAUUAUUUCUAAUAAAAUCAAAAUCUUUUAAAGAAAUUACCAUUGGAAUAUGGAAAGUGUAUACUACAUUAUAUGAAAAUGGAGUUAUUGAUAAUAGCAAUAUAAGAAAUAAAAAUAUUGUUAUUAUGCUUGAUGGAGAAAAGGAAUAUUGUAUAUCAAAAGAUGUUGUUUUAAAGGUUCAGAAUUUAUAUAAAAAUAUACAUAAUACUUUAAAAAAAUUAAAAAACGACAAUAAAUAUAAAGAAUUAUUAAUUCUUUUAUUUUCACCAUUUAACACAAAAUUAAAUUUAGAAAAUAUGAACAAUGUAAACAAUGAUAUAUCUAAAGAUUCAUUUCGAAGUUUUUUUGAAUAUUUAAUAAAAUCCCCAGAAAUAUGGGCUUUUCUUUUUCUUAAUUUAGUUAGUAUUUUCCCAUUGUGA